AAAAGAGAAGAAAAGUAAAUAAAUAAAAACAGUAUGGGGAUGAGGUAGGUAAAAAUGGGUGGGCUUUUUGCCGAUAGACUGUAAUAAGAUAUACCUUAAAGACUGCUUGUGUUUAAUCCUGAAUCCAAUUGCCCCUCUUGUACUGCGAUAAAACAAUAGGCAAGCCAUGAACCUUAUGGAGGAGUGCAUGUGUUUUGCAGACACACCUGGGUUCUAGACUGGCUGAGGUAAACAUUUCAGGAAAGCCUGGGUUUUUAAAUCCCGGUGAAAGCAGAUAUGACAAGGUUUGUCAAUGUCAUGUUGCCCUUCCAUUUAGAUGAAACUAGAGAAAAUGAUAAUUUUGCUUCUCUUAAUCCACAUCUUCUAGCAAAAAAACAUGUUCAUGCUUUAGGGCUGGUGGGAUGCAAAUAUAUUGGUUAAAAUAUAGUGAGUGUGGGGGGGGGGCGUAGUGGAUGAUGUCAUCAUUGUAAACUAAAUUCAGCAUAGCCAAACCUUGUAUAAAAUAGGUUGAAUUUGUACCUUAGAAACCAUGUCAGAUUUUCAACAUUAUAUACACUUUCAGAAAAAAACAAUAGGCUGGGCAGCACCUCAGCCCGGGAUCGAACCCCAACCAGGGUUUUAACGACACCCAGCCCUGCUUAGCUUUAAUAUGUCACUGACUACUACCAAUAUGCUAUUGUGAGAAUUAUUAUUGAGAGAUCUCUUAAUAACAAAAUAUAUUCCGUGUUAAUAUCGAAGUCAUUCUAAGGGGUAGGUUUGACAAAGCAAAUGAGUGAGUCUUUGACAUGAAGACAGUGGUUAGAUUCUGCCAUUGGGACUGCUCUGAUGUUGUUUCCAUUCUCUCCUGGUUAUGACCAUAGAGCCUUGUCCCAGUCUCUAGACCUGCCUGUCUGUGUGGUGGAGGACCACCUGACCUCUGAAGCUGUCAAUGAGAUGGAGCAGAGCAAUUCUACCAGGAGCAGAGCAACCUCAGUGAUGGAAACCACAGAAGAGGGGAAGCUCAACAAUGUAGAACAUCUGACACUUAUGGACUUCCUUCAAAACCUAACUGAGAAGCAAUGGAGGGGGAUUCGUGAGGGCAUGUUUGACCCGCUGACAAAACAACAGCUUGCCGGCUUGUGUCUGAGGAUUGUCCAGUUUUUAUCGGACAAGCUGAUGCAGAUCAUCAUCCCAGGUCUUUACGAACUACUGGGAAUCCAAGAUACUGCCUCCUCUCCAUUGUCACAGAGAUCUCUCACAGCGUCACUCACCAGUCUGUUAGACGAUAAGACUAACACCAAGUCCCGCGUGAGAUUUACUGAGGCUGGUGUACCUAAGAGGCCAGGCAGUCGAAAGUCUUACAAUAGCUUUCGCAUCCCGACUCCCUACCCUUCCUCCAACUGUGUGGAGCAGGAAGAGGAAGAAGAGCAGGAAUCACAACUUAAGUUCAAGGAGAUUUACCUGACUAAGGGCUGUCUGGGCAGUGGAAGCUACCUGCCCAAGGGGGCCAUGAGGACUCUAACCUCUCUGUCUGAUGUGCAGAAGAAAACAACCAACUCUGAGACGCUACAAGUCCUCUUAGGUGUCUCAGAGGACACCCUCGUCACCUGUGUGCAGGACAGCCUGCAAGGUUCUCUCUCCAAACUUGCAUGCAUGUCCAAUUCUCCAUCUGGAAGUGCAGGCUCUAUGAUGCUAACCCCUGCUGUAAUGGCAGAGUUGGCUAAAGAUGUCAAGUCGGCCUUAUCAGUGGUCGUUAAGAGUGCCUCCGCUAGCCAAACCUCUCUAGUGACACCGGUAAGGGGAGACUCACAGACCAAGGUGACUGAGAGCAUGGUGAGAGAGCAGGCUGCUAAACUUGAAAAAGUUGACCAAGAGAGCAAGAGUCUAACAGGGCAAGUCAUGACCACCAUCUCUGACACAAUGGUGGCUUUUGUUGAUGAGAACGAACAGAAUUUGCUGGAAGAUCUGAAGGACAAGAUCACAUUUUUGCAUCGCAUGUUGGCUUCAUUGAGGAUCUUGAUGCCCUGA